AUGGAGGUCAGCAUUAAGGACGACUAUGUGAACCCAAAAACUAACACUACAUACAACUUCACUAAAGCUCUUGAGCGCCCCGAAUUGAAGAAAUCGGUUAUUAUAGUCACUGUAAUACUCUUUUUGUGUGCCGGGACAACAACUAUCACACUAAGUAAGAUGAUGUACAACACAACAACAUUUGGACGGAAGAGUGAGCUUCAUCCUUUUGAACACCCGAUGUUCUUAACGUUUAUGAUGUUUGUUGGGAUGGCCAUUUGUAUUGUAGUGCAUAUCAUCGUCAAUUUGGUCUUUCCAGAACAACAGCCCAAACACGUCUUAGUGAACAUGAGAAGUCCAUUCCGGUUGGAAGUGUUUCUUGCUAUGAUUGUCCCUGCAUUCUGCGACUUCUUGGGUGGGUAUUUAAUGAAUGUCGGACUCCUCUACGUGACUUCCAGUGUCUUCCAGAUGAUGCGUGGAAGUGUCAUAUUGUUCACUGCACUUUUGGCUGUUUUUGUGAGGAAAGUUAAGCUCCUUCCAAAUCAAGUUUUCUCGUUGUUUUUAGUUAUAGUUGCUUUAGCAAUAGUCGGGGGGUCUGCCUUUGCGGGCGGGCGAAAUUUAAUUCGUGGGGAGUCGAAGGUGUGGGAUGUAGUUGUUGGGAUUACCUUUAUCACUGGGGCGAUGUUUCUUCAAGCAACUCAGACGAUAUUAGAAGAAAAGUAUUUACUUGAUUUAAAAAUCCCUCCUUUAGUUGUUGUUGGGUUGGAAGGAUUUUAUGGAGUGUUUAUGUCUCUUCCUGGGAUGGUUAUAUUGCAAUUACUACCUGCUCCUUUUUACGAUGAUAGUAUAGACGCAGUCGUGUCGUUACGAGAAAAGUAUAUUUUAGUUAUUGUAGUGUUCUAUGUCAUGGCAAUUACUGUGUUUAAUAUAGCUGGCAUGAUCAUCACACAAAAUUUGUCUGCGAUGGUCAGAAACAUACUUGAUCCAUGCAGAAUGAUCACUAUAUGGAUGGUGUCUGUCAUCCUUUAUUAUUCAACAGGAAAAUCAAUGGGUGAACCACUCGGGUGGCAGACGUGUUUACAAGUCUUAGGUUUUGUAAUGCUCACUUCAGGCCUUUUUAUAUAUACUGGCGUAUGGAAAAUGAAUAUUUUUGGUAAAGACAAAGAAAAUGAAGUCUUUAUGAGCAAAGAUGAUGAUUUGUUUGAAUAA